CUCCUUGCUUUCAUUCUACUUAAUCUCCAUUAUCUCACUUAAUUUGACGCCAGUUUCAACUAAAGAAUCAUCUUUCAUAACAUGGGUGUGAUUGAUGGUUUAAGCUCGAUCGAUUUCGGACAUGAAUCGUUCCCAGCUUAUGAAGAUUUCCUACUUCUUCCACUCUUUGCUAUCUUCUUCCCAGCUGUUCGAUUUUUUCUCGACAGACUCGUUUUCGAGGUUGUCGGAAGGCGGUUAAUAUAUAACAAUGGACAGGAUAUUGAGACAGAAGAAAGGAACAAGAAGAUACGAAAGUUUAAGGAAUCGGCCUGGAAAUGUGUAUACUAUCUUUCGGCCGAAAUCCUAGCUUUGGCUGUAACUUAUGAUGAGCCUUGGUUCACUAACACAUCUUACUUUUGGAUAGGUCCUGGCAAUCAGAGAUGGCCUCACCAGAAAAUGAAGUUAAAGUUGAAAGCUUUGUACAUGUAUGUGGGUGGAUUCUACGCAUAUUCGAUAUUUGCUUUAAUUUUCUGGGAGACAAGACGAUCUGAUUUUGGUGUGUCGAUGGGGCAUCAUGUUGCAUCUACCUUUCUUAUUGCAAUGUCUUAUAUGUUCAGGUUUGCUCGUGUUGGCUCGGUUGUUUUAGCUCUUCAUGAUGCAAGUGAUGUCUUUCUUGAAGUAGGGAAGAUGUCUAAAUACAGCGGCGCUGAAGCGCUUGCAAACUUUUCUUUCAUUCUGUUCGUGGUAUCAUGGAUCGUGCUUCGCCUUAUUUAUUACCCAUUUUGGAUCUUGUGGAGUACAAGUUAUGAAGUUCUUCAAACUUUAGAUAAAGAGAAGGAAUUUCCAGAAGGGCCAGUCCACUACUAUGUGUUUAACACUCUGCUUUUCUGCUUGCUUGUUCUUCACAUCUAUUGGUGGGUGCUGAUCUACCGAAUGCUUGUUAAACAAAUCCAAGAUAGAGGCAAACUUAGUGACGACGUUCGUUCUGAUUCUGAAAGUGAUAACGAUCAUCAAGAUUGAUCGUUAUGUUGCUUGGAAUACAAAAAGGUAUUUGCAAGCCUAUAGAAAAAUUGAAUUACAACAUAAAAGCUUCAUUCUUAUAAAGUUCUAUUUAUAUUAAUCCUUCAUCCAUCUAAAAGCA